AGCGUGGCGGAGGGAUACGCGGCUGAUAUACUCGCUGCGACCCGCCGGUGCAGCUCCAUCUACGGACCGAGCUCCCUCCCAGUCUGCCUCCGCGGAGCCCCGAGAAACACCAGCGCCAUGGCCGAUCAGCUAACAGAAGAGCAGAUUGCAGAGUUCAAGGAGGCUUUCUCCUUAUUUGACAAGGAUGGCGACGGCACCAUCACCACCAAAGAGCUUGGCACCGUCAUGAGGUCGCUGGGCCAGAACCCCACGGAGGCCGAGCUGCAGGACAUGAUCAACGAGGUGGACGCUGACGGUAACGGAACCAUCGACUUCCCAGAGUUCCUCACCAUGAUGGCCAGAAAAAUGAAGGACACGGACAGCGAGGAGGAGAUCCGCGAGGCUUUCCGGGUAUUUGACAAGGACGGCAACGGCUACAUCAGCGCCGCAGAGCUGCGUCACGUCAUGACGAACCUGGGGGAGAAGCUAACGGACGAAGAGGUGGAUGAAAUGAUCAGAGAAGCAGACAUCGACGGAGACGGACAGGUCAACUACGAAGAGUUUGUACAGAUGAUGACUGCGAAGUGAAGCCCGUCCGCCCCCGUCCUGCCCCCCCUCUUAGAAGAAAAGGAAAAAAAAGAAAAAAGAAGAAAAAAAAUCAAAAAUGUUUUACUUACCUCUUCGGAAAAAAAAAAAGUUCAUUUAUUCAUACUGUUUCUGUAUAGAAAAUAAUUGAAUGUUGAAAUAAAAAUAUCCUUUAUGUCCACACAGGAGAAAAAAAAAAUAUACGAAAAAUGUACAAAAAACGUCUGCAUGAAAAAUGAUGGUUAGUGAUCCUGUCCCCCCCCCAUCCUCCUCCAAAGAUCAGUUUAGCAUCAGUACUUGACGAGUUAAAGAUUAAUAACAACAAACCCUGUAACUUCUACCGUCAGACUAAAGCAAAAGCACGAGGCUGAGCUUCUUCCAGUUCGCCGUGCUGCUGGUGAACGUCUGGGCUGGCCAUCUCUUCUUUCUCUUCGUUUUUCUGUUCUUCAUGCAUGCAGCUUGAGGCCGGAGCACUAACCCCCCCUUCUCUCUCUCUCUCUCUCUCUUUCUGUCUUUCUCUCUGUCUCUCCCUCUCUUCUCCGGGCUACCAGAGCGUGCUGGUUCCACUAUAAUGGUCCUCUUGUUGGUUUGGUACAGUUUUUUGUAUUUGGAGAGGAACCCUGUACUGUUAAGACGAGAGAGUAUACCAGGUUCUGAUUUAAGCGUUAAAGUGGAAUGGGACUUAAUUGUAUGCUAGAUAUAAAAAAAAAAAGAAGAAAAAAAAAUGUACAAAAAAUACAUUUUCAAAUGUUUGGCAUGUUAUUUUGUUUUUUAUGUUAUUUGGACGGCCAUCUUAGUAGUUGUUUGUCCUCCCCUUUUUAAAAGAGGGCUGGACUUAAAAAAGUCUUACGGCAAGCUUUUUGUUUUUGUUUUUCUUUCUUUCCUUUUUAUUUUUGUUUGCUAAGAUGGAGUGUCUGUCCUCUUUUCUUGCAAGAGAGAAUCACUGGCCUUCACUUUUCUUUUACUUCUUCUGUUUCUUGACUCGGACCGGAGCAGAGGGGGGGGUGCGCUGCUGUCGACGCAUCAGCGCACCCGUCUCCGCCGCUGCUCGUCUGAGUUCAGUUUACAUUCAUUCCAAGUUGUACAUGCUAGUUUUUUUUGUUUUUUGUUUUGUUUUUGUUUGUUUUUUUUUUUCAAAUAAAAGAACAUGAACUUUA